UUCUGCUCCUUCGAGAGAACCGCUUUUCUGCCACUUCGACGGAAACGCUAUUCUGCCAAUUCAACGAGACUGCUCUUCUACCACUAGCAUUUCCCACACAGGCUCGCCUUGUCGACAAGUCUGCUCUUCGUCGACAAGCCUUUCUGUAGGGCUCGUGUCCGCAGACUUCGUUGAUAUGCCGCUUCAGUAGACUUCUGCAGCCUUCGCAGGAUCAGGGCUAUUCUCAACAACCCGCUCAUUCCGCCACCUCCGUCCGAGCCAAACCCCCCCUGCUGCCUACUCUGUCCGCUGCUCGUCCACCACUUCUAACGCCGGCGGCCCAUGGGGGACAGAAGAAGGACCAGCCGCCUCCGGACCCGGAACCGACAAGCAGAUCGCCGAACCUCCCCGCAGAACGCGGAAGGCCGAGCGAGCGGGCGCUGCAUGUGGAAGGAUCGACGCGCGCGAAGCAGAGCAGCGAGACGAGCGCGAGUGCGGGGACAAGGUGGGACACCGCGAGGCGAGGCACCAUCGCGCGUGGCGGAGACUAACGGGUUCCUUGAAGCGGAAAGAAAUCAGGCUUGAAGGCGCGGCGUGGAUGGUGCUGGCCGUGAGGCAGACGAGCUGCGGGACGGCUGUGGUGGAUGCGAGGGCGUGUUGCACGAGGAACGCGACGACGCCGCGACAGGCGGCGAGGCGAUGUGGCCGAAGAAAAGAUGGCCGAAGCAGCUGUGGGGAAUGCCUCCAAGCAUCGCGGUAUUUCUACUUGCUCUGCCGCUGCGAGGAGGCUAAGCCGGCAGUAGCGCGUCUGGCGAAAAGGAUUGACGCGCUGCGGGUGACUGCAGCGACGCUUUUGUUGUGCGGAGGGUAUCUAGGAUAAGGAGUCAACGCGAAUCCAGUCAGCGUGCGAGAAAAUGACCGAUGAGGCGAGCCGUCCUCGUUGACUGACGGUUGGGCGAAGGACAUCAAAGAAGAUUGAAGCCGGGAGAUGGCUGACUGCUUAUGAAAUGUUGGAAGGAAGAUGCAAGGCUUAUGCGUUACAAGGAAUGCAAAAGGCGAUGGUAAAAAAUGCCAGCCUUCCUU